CUCAAGCUUCCCCCCCCCCCCCCCCUUCUCUCUCUGCAACUGCUAACUUGAGAAUCGCGGGAGCGACACGCACCCACGCACUCCUGUCAGUAUAUCUCACUCGCUGCCACACGCUUCUUCUUCAGCAUCGUCCGGCGGUGGAUGUCCUUGGUGGAUUCGUACUUUGGUUCGUGGCCACAACCGGGGAAUCAGACCAUCACCAAAACUGCACAAUCCCUCCAACCAGUCCUACCAUCACAAUCUGAUCGCUCACGUGAUGGCCCAACCACACGCGACCCUUUUAACUCACCAUCGAUUUAGAGAGAGAAAGAGGAGAGAGAGACUAUUGGGUUUUGAACCUCUGAUUCUUGUAGAUUUUGUAGUUUGCAGUUGCAGAGAUAUAGAGGGGGGGGGGGGAGUUGAGAACGAGAAUAGAGAUAGAUGGAGGCCGAAAGAGGAGAGAGGUGUUGCAAAGCUGUGGCAAAUUGAAUAUAAAAAUAAUUUUUUUAUUACAUGUGUCUAUAAUUAAUUGGUGUAGUCUACCAACUCAGCCAAGAGAGGUGUAUGGACUUGGCCGAUGCAAUAAUUUCUCAUAAACUUGGGCUGGACGGUCUGAGGAGCCUAUACGAGGGAAGCCGUCAGGCCCUACUUGAAUUUUUAAACUAACGGCUCACACAAGUUAAAAUUCAAAUUCUCUCUCCCCCCUCUCAUUCUCCCUCUCACUCCUCUGCACUUUCUCCUAUCCCAAUGGCGACUACCAAUUCCUUCCUCACCACACCAACCAAGACCCCAAGCGACAAGUCCACCUCUUCGUCCGCAUCCAGAAAACACCACCAAUCAACGGACGCAUCUCUUUCCAGCCGAUCAGCUUCCGAAUUCAAGAGCCGAUUCGAGGCCUAUAAUCGCCUACAGGCAGCCGCAGUGGCCUUUGGCGAGAAGCUACCGAUCCCUGAGAUUGUCGCUCUCGGUGGGCAGUCCGAUGGCAAGAGCUCGCUCCUCGAAGCCCUUCUCGGCUUCCGAUUCAACAUUCGCGAGGUUGAGAUGGGCACCAGAAGGCCUCUCAUCCUUCAAAUGGUCCACGAUCCAACAGCGUUGGAGCCACGAUGCCGAUUUCAGGAGGAGGACUCUGAAGAAUAUGGAAGUCCCGUUGUUUUAGCAUCUGCAAUUGCAGAUAUCAUAAAGUCACGAACAGAAUUACUUUUGAAGAAGGCUAAAGCUGCAGUUUCUUCUAAGCCAAUUGUGAUGAGAGCUGAAUAUGCUCAUUGUCCUAAUCUCACCAUCAUUGAUACCCCUGGUUUUGUUCUCAAGGCAAAGAAGGGUGAACCAGAGAACACACCGGAUGAAAUUCUAGCAAUGGUGAAGUCAUUGGCCAGUCCGCCCCAUCGAAUUCUUUUGUUUCUUCAACAGAGUAGUGUGGAAUGGUGCUCAUCUUUAUGGUUGGACGCCAUUCGUGAUAUUGAUCCGACCUUUAGACGGACAAUAAUUGUCGUCUCUAAAUUUGAUAACCGGCUGAAGGAGUUUAGUGACCGAUGGGAAGUGGAUCGAUAUUUGAGUGCAAGUGGUUACCUUGGAGAGAACACUCGCCCAUUUUUUGUGGCCCUGCCAAAGGACAGGAGCACAAUUUCGAAUGAUGAAUUCCGCAGGCAAAUAUUGCAGGUGGACAUUGAAAUAUUGCGUCACCUGCGUGAGGGUGUUAAGGGGGGAUUUGAUGAAGAAAAGUUCAGGUCUCACCUUGGUUUUGGCUGUCUCAGAGAUUAUUUGGAGUCCGAACUUCAAAAGCGAUAUAAAGAAGCUGCACCAGCAACUCUGGCUUUGCUUGAACAACGCUGCAACGAAGUCACUGUUGAACUAGCGAGAAUGGACUCCAAAAUACAAGCCACUUCUGAUGUUGCACAUCUUCGGAGAUCUGCAAUGCUGCAUGCCGCUUCUAUCUGCAACCAUGUGGGAGCAUUGAUUGAUGGAGCAGCAGAUCCUUCCCCAGAGCAAUGGGGGAAGACAACAGAGGAGGAACAGUCGGAGAGUGGGAUUGGGAGCUGGCCUGGCGUUACAGCAAACAUUAAACCUCCUAAUGCCACCCUUCGACUCUAUGGGGGAGCUGCUUUUGAAAGAGUGAUGCAUGAAUUUCGGUGUGCCACAUACUCUAUGGAAUGUCCUCCAGUAUCAAGGGAGAAGGUGGCAAAUAUAUUACUUGCCCAUGCUGGUCGAGGUGGAGGGAGAGGAAUUACUGAAGCAGCUGCAGAGAUUGCACGUGCUGCUGCCCGAUCAUGGCUUGCUCCUCUUCUUGACACUGCAUGUGAUCGGCUAGCUUUUGUUUUGGGGAACCUCUUUGGUCUUGCUGUUGAGAGAAAUCACCACUGCUGCUCAGACUAUGGGAGGAAAAAUGGAGACAUGGAUGGGUAUGUGGGUUUCCAUGCUGCUUUAAGACACUCUUACAACUGUUUUAUAAAGGACCUUGCAAAACACUGCAAGCAGCUAGUUCGGCACCAUCUUGAUUCAGUUACAAGCCCAUAUUCUCAGGUCUGCUAUGAUACUGACUUAAUGGGGAGCUUCAGCUCAGGUGCAAACUCUUUUUACAGAUUUAACCAGGCAUCCACUGCUUCUUUAUCUCUUGAGCUAUCUGAUGGGGGGGCAGCUUUGCGUGAUGAAACUAUGAGAGACCAAGAGAAUAUACCUCCAGAAAAGAGUGCACAGCAGACCACUCCAGGAAAAGGUGCAGAAGCCAGAGAUGCACUGACUGUGCCCGAGACCCCAUCACCUGAUCAGCCAUGUGAUGUAGUUAAGAAGGAACUUGGAAACUGCAUUGAGAUUGGAGCAAGAAAACGGCAUUCAAGAAUGUUAGGCAAUAGCAGAAAUCCAGAUCAUCUGAGAGGCCAAAAUGGUGGUGGUCUUCUAUUUGCAAAUGGAGAAAUUGGUUCAAGAUCAGGCUCAGUAUACUCAGAGAUAUGUUCAUCAGCUGCACUGCAUUUUGCACGGAUACGUGAAGUUCUUGUUGAGCGAAGUGUAACUUCAACCUUGAACUCUGGCUUCUUAACCCCUUGCCGGGAUCGGCUAGUGGUAGCACUCGGACUGGAUUUGUUUGCUGCAAGUGAUGAGAAAUUCAUGGAUAUGUUUGUUGCACCUGGAGCAAUUGACAUCCUUCAGAGUGAGCGGCAGUCUAUUCAGAAGCGUCAGAAAAUACUUCAUUCUUGCUUGAAUGAGUUCAAAAGUGUGGCGCGGGCACUUUGAUCAAUACCCUUUCUCUUUAAACAAAGUUUCAUAGACCAUUAGAAGGGAAUCUGUGAAGGUUUUUAACAUGGUCAACCAAUAUGAAAUUUUCAACGCGGCUUUCAUAACAUUCUCUAUCAUGAUUAUUCUUCCUUUGACUCCAUGAAAGCAAAAGAAGAGGCUCCAGAGGAUUCACAUCUAGUGAACAUUUACUCUUUAGGAGUUUCAUAUAGUAUCUUGUCUCGAGGUGAGUUGCUUCCGUUUGGUUUAUUCAAGACGAUGAUUUAGUUUUUCAAUUUGAUUGUACUUCGAGUGGAACUGAAACAAUUACUUAUGUGAAUUUACUUUUAAGAAUGAAGCUUUUAUAAAACUAAAUUAUAAAAGCACUUGGAUCAUUAGUUCUCCUAGGCUGUUUCAAUGGACUAUCACACAAAUUAUGUCUGUCACUUAAUUUUUAAGCAUUGCUUCUCUUUCUGGUCU